CUCACACUCACACACACACACAAAUACCAUAUGCCUUAUUCUUCUUCCCACUUUUUUCUCUGUCCUUUUCACGCCAUUCACUUUCCCAAAUCCCUCACUUCUCACCGGAAUCCCUCCCUCAUUCCAUCCAUCCAUCCAAACACACACUCAAAUUAGGGUUUCAGUCCAUUCCAUUCCCAAUUAUUAACACAAUAUGGUUUCAGACGAACCACCCUAUUCUUUCGCCACUGAAUACGACGGUCCACCAAUCCACGGCCUCCCACGUGCUGUCCCAAUUAAUCUCCACAAAAUCCCCGUCGCCGCUGCUGCUGUCGUAACUAACUCAUGUAACGGUAAUAACAAACUGUUGUUUUCUUCUACUUUACCUGUUAUACAACCUAUACUUACAUCUCAACAUAUAUCUAUCAUCUCUAACAACUUUAACAAAAACAAUUUGUUAGUUACAACUAAUUCUCAACAACUUAUUUAUAAUAAUAUUAAUAUUAAUAUUAAUAAUAAUAAUAAUAUUAGUGAUAUUAAAUGUUUGAAGAAAAAUAUAGGGUUAUUAGGUACUGAACUUGAACCCGAAAAUGAACCCGAACUCGAAACCGAGACGAGUGUUUCGGUUUCGCCUACUAUAAGUAAUGUGAUUAGUUCAGGAGAGAUUACUGAUGUGAUGGAUAGUAGUAAUGGUGGAUGUGGACUAGGUUCGUCUUUCGUUAGCCGUGAUUUCGAGUUGUCGGGUAGGGGAGAGGGGGAGAGUUCGGGUACAUUAGGGUUUUCGGAUAGUUUUGAUAAGUCUAGGGAGUUUUCGGGGAAUUCGUUGAAGUUUAAUGAUGGGUGUAAGGAGAGUUUGGAUUUUAAUGAGAUGAAUUCCAAUCAUUCUGAUUGGGUAUCGAAUGCGUCUAGGUUGAGUUUUGAGUAUCCGUCGUCGAGGGUGUCGAGUUUGAAGACGGUGGUUGGGGAUUGUAAGGGUGAGAGUGAGAGACGGUGUGAUUUGAGGAAGAAUCCGUUGGUUAGUUUUUGUGAUGUGGAGUCGGAAGACGAGGGGUUUGUUGAAGAGGUUGGUGUUAGAAGUCAAGUUGAUUGUGUGAAGGUUAGGAAAGAGCCGGAAGUGAAGACACGGAAAGGGGCGUGUUAUAGGUGUCUUAAAGGAAACAGGUUUACGGAAAAGGAGGUGUGUAUAGUUUGUAAUGCAAAGUAUUGUGUUAAUUGUGUGCUUAGAGCGAUGGGGUCGAUGCCAGAGGGAAGGAAGUGUGUUACUUGUAUUGGGUAUUCGAUUGAUGAGUCAAAGAGGAGUAAAUUGGGGAAAUGUUCUCGAUUGUUGAAACGGUUGCUUAAUAGCCUGGAAGUUAAGCAGAUUAUGAAGGCUGAAAAACUAUGUGCCGUUAAUCAAUUGCCUUCAGAGUAUGUUUGUGUAAAUGGGAAACCACUUUGUCACGAGGAGCUUUCUGUAUUGCAAAGUUGCCCAAAUCCUCCAAAGAAGCUAAAACCCGGGAAUUAUUGGUAUGAUAAGGUUUCCGGUCUUUGGGGAAAGGAGGGUGAGAAGCCUUCAAAGAUUAUUAGUCCCCAUCUAAACGUUGGGGCUCCCAUUAUGCCUGAUGCUAGCAAUGGAAAUACAGGUGUUUUUAUAAAUGGUCGUGAGAUAACAAAAGUUGAGCUAAGAAUGCUGCAGCUAUCUGGAGUCCAGUGUGCUGGUAACCCACACUUUUGGGUGAACGAUGAUGGUUCUUAUCAAGAAGAGGGACAGAAGAACACCAGAGGAUAUAUAUGGGGGAAAGCUGGAACGAAGCUGGUUUGUGCUGUACUCUCACUUCCUGUUCCAUCUAAAACAAUUUACCCUACUGGAGAGCUGUUGAGUAACACACUUGGUCAAUCGUUGACAGACUAUUUUGACCAGAGUGCACCACAAAAACUUCUUUUAAUUGGAUGUUCUGGUUCUGGUACAAGUACCAUUUUCAAGCAGGCUAAAAUCCUGUAUAAAGAAGUCCCGUUCACCGAGGAAGAACGUGAAAGUAUCAAGUUUAUAAUCCAGAGCAACCUAUAUUGCUACCUUGGGAUUCUUCUUGAAGGGCGUGAACGCUUUGAAGAUGAGGUAUUGAACGGAAUGAAGAGAACUGAAUCUGCUGGCAGUGAGGGUGCAGAGGAUGAGAAAAUUAUCUACGCCAUCCCCCCAAGGCUGAAAACAUUUUCUGAUUGGCUUCUUAAAACUAUGGUUGCUGGUAAUUUAGAAGAUAUAUUCCCGGCUGCCACACGGGAGUAUGCACCAGUAGUUGAAGAGCUAUGGAAUCAUCCUGCCAUGCAGGCCACAUACAAGAGGCGAAACGAAUUAGAAACACUUCCCGGUGUUUCUAGUUAUUUCUUGGAACAGGCUGUUAACAUAUCGAGAGCAGACUAUAUACCUUCAGAUGUUGACAUCUUGUAUGCUGAGCAUGUUACUUCUUCAAACGGGCUUUCUAGUGUCGAUUUUUCUUUUCCUCGGUUAUCACCUGUAGAAAGCAAUGACACCAGCGAUCAACAAAGUUCUUCACUCAGGUUCCAACUUAUUAGAGUGCAAGCAAGAGGCUUUGGGGAAAGUUGUAAAUGGCUUGAGAUGUUUGAAGAUGUCCGAGUUGUCAUCUUCUGUGUUUCCCUAAGUGAUUUUGAUCAGUAUACUAUUGAUGGAGAAGGGAAUUCGGUGAACAAGAUGUUGCUAAACAAGAAGUUUUUCUCGAGCAUUGUGACACACCCGACUUAUGAUCAGAUGGAGUUUCUACUAAUAUUGAACAAAUUUGAUGUAUUUGAGGAAAAGCUUGAACGGAACCCACUAACUUGCUGUGAUUGGUUUAGUGAUUUCCAGCCAAUAGUGAGCCGCAAUAGCCACAAUAAGAACAUUAGUAGCAACAAUAUCAACCACAGCCCUUCCAUGGGACAAAUGGCUUCACAUUAUGUAGCUGCGAAAUUCAAGAAACUAUAUGCAUCGCUUACUGAUCGCAAGCUGUUUGUUUCAGUGGUGAAGGGCUUAGAACCAAACAGUGUGGAUCAGGCUCUCAAGUAUGCAAGGGAGAUUGUUAAGUGGGAUGAAGAGAAAUCAAAUUUUAACUUCAAUGAAUACUCGAUUUAUAGCGAUGAGGAAAGUUCCAACUCCCAAUGAUUCUCUACACGAAUGUACAUAAAGAGUCUUGUCACAUGAACAGAGAGGCAAGUACUAGCCAUGUGUUUUGACAUCACCCCGCUUCAUUUCUGUAGCUGUUUGAUUGAGCUGUAUUAUAGAAUUGCAAAAUGGAUCACAUUUUAGGUGAUAUAAAUGUAUGUAUGUGAUUUCUAUUUGAUCA